AUGACAUAUGCCGUAUCAUAUGCCGUAUCAUAUGCCUGCUACCUUGCUGAAGCCUAUUUGGUUCAAAAACCUAACGGCCCAAGGGGUGUCAAGGUGCUCCCUGGAGCCCUUAUUUGUAUUGCGUGGGCCACGUGGUCGCCAGGCACUGGCACCAUCAAGAUGGAACAAGCGCCUAUGGGCCACGAUCAGCAAAAUUUGCAUGCUGCGGCGAUGAUGCAGUGGCAAUAUCAGUCUAUGAUGCCUCCAAUGCCGCCCCAUGUGCCUGGCAUGCCCAGUCUGCCAAUGCCGUGGCCAAAUCACCCACCAAUGGUUACACAAUGGUUGACAGUACGAGUGGAUGGGCUGAAGUUUGAGUAUCAGCUGACAGAAGAUGACGUGCGGAAGGUUUUCUCCCGCUAUGGUGAAGUCGUGGCUGUGAAGAUGGACCGGGAGGGCACAACUUCCCAGGUCCAGUUCGCGCAUCCGCACCAAGCAAUGGCAGCGCAGUCAGAUUUGGACAAGAAGCAGCUUGCAGGCAUGUCUGGAGCAUAUUUGACUGUAGAGUUCGCAGCGACUCAAGGACCAUAUGCGGUACCUCCUGCACCAGAUCCUCAAUUUCUGCAGCACAUGGCGGCAUCGUCCUUCAUGAAUCCGAUGAUACCUUCAGGACCAGGCUAUCCAAUGCCUGCGCUUCCCCCUCCAGUGGCCACAAGCCCUGCACAGUCUGCCGCAGGCCAGCCGAAGAAGUUCACAUGCAAGCUGGAAGUGGGAAUUGAGAAUGAGGGUGAAUUCCGUGUGGGCAGCCGGGUCAUUCAAAUUGCGAGGUCAAUUUGGCAGGAUCCCAAAUUUCAAGAACACGGUGGCAAGACAAGGCUUCGUGGCAAAGGCAUUGGCGGACCUCAUGAAGGAGAUGAACCUUUGGCAUUGUGUAUUUCCUGCCGGGACCAGGCAGCCUUUGACAAGGCUGUGCAAUAUGCGGAGACGCAAUUGCAGAAGGUCCAUACAGACUACAAGGCCUUUUGCCAGCAGCACGGCAAACCCAUUCCUGAGUUGGAAGUGAAGAUUUCCAAGAAAGGUACUUUUGAACCAGAAAUCCCUGCGAAGCCAUCGGCAGGUGGAUCGGGGUCUUUUGUUGGGUUUGGACCUUAG